CCGCCCUUCGCCCCGCCUCAUGGCCGCCUCGCUCGCUCCCUCGCUGGGCCAGUCACUGGCUGAGGUGGCAGCUCGCUCCCGGCUCCUUCCCUCGCUCGAGGCCCCGGUGGGCGUGAGGCGACGACGGUGGGCAGCAGCAGGCGAGCGGCGCUCCUUCGCCUCAGCGCGCCAAGAGGAGGAGGAGGACGAUGAGAGGCGGCGGCAGCGAGGCGCCUCGGCAGCGAGCCCCGCACUGAGCUGCCUGUCGACACACGACCGAUUGACCGCCAUCCCGAGCGGGGCUCCUUUCCUCAGGGUGCUUCUUCCCGCGCCCGCCAGCAGAGGCCGCCGAAGAGGGCUGGCGGCGCCGGCUGCCCCAUGUCCCGCAAGGCCAAUGUGGAAUAUACCCUGAAGAGCCUCAGCAACCUGAUGGGGGAGAAGCGCCGACGGCAGCAGCAACAGCAGCAGCAGCAGGCGCCCGCCGCCGAGGGCUCGGCUAGCCUCGGCGAGAGGAGCCUCCUGGCCGCCGCCGAGUCGUGCUCCAGCCUCCACAGCCAAGCGUCCGGCGGCGGCGGCGGCGGCUGCUCGGACCUGGAGCGGGCGGCCCGGCGGCAGUUCCAGCGGGACGAGACGCCCAGCUUCGUGUACGUGGCGUCGGUCUUCUCGGCGCUGGGCGGCUUCCUCUUCGGCUACGACACGGGCGUGGUGUCCGGGGCGCUGCUGCUGCUCAAGAAGGAGCUCCACCUGGACGCCUUCUGGCAGGAGCUGCUGGUCUCCAGCACCGUGGGCGCCGCCGCCCUCUCGGCGCUGCUCGGCGGAGUCCUCAACGGGUGGUUGGGGCGGAGAGCAUGCAUCCUGCUGGCCAGCGGCAUCUUCACGGCCGGAGCCGCCGUGCUGGCGGCCGCGCAGGACAAGGAGACGCUGCUGGCCGGGCGCGUCGUGGUGGGGCUGGGCAUAGGUAUUGCUUCUAUGACAGUCCCAGUAUACAUUGCAGAAGUUGCUCCACCUCAUCUAAGAGGCAGAUUAGUUACUAUAAACACACUCUUCAUCACAGGAGGACAGUUCUUUGCAAGCGUUAUAGAUGGAGCCUUCAGUUACCUUCCAAAGGAUGGAUGGAGAUAUAUGUUGGGCCUCUCGGCAGUUCCAGCUGUAAUACAGUUUUUUGGCUUCCUCUUUCUUCCUGAAAGCCCCCGUUGGCUUAUUCAAAAAGGACAGACUCAAAAGGCACGAAGAAUCCUGUCUCUGAUGCGGGGUAAUCAAACAAUAGAUGAAGAAUAUGAUAGCAUCAAGAAUAACAUAGAAGAGGAAGAAAAAGAAGUUGGUGCAGCUGGACCUGUGAUAUGCAGAAUGCUGACCUAUCCUCCAACUCGAAGAGAGUUAAUAGUUGGUUGUGGUCUACAAAUGUUCCAGCAACUGGCAGGUAUUAACACAGUCAUGUAUUACAGUGCCACCAUUAUGCAGAUGUCAGGUGUUCAAGAUGACCGGCUUGCAAUUUGGCUUGCUGCGGUGACAGCAUUCACUAAUUUCAUUUUCACUCUUGUUGGAGUCUGGCUUGUUGAGAAAGUGGGCCGGCGAAAACUCACCCUCGGAAGCUUAGCAGGCACUACUGUUGCACUUCUUAUUUUAGCUUUGGGAUUUUUGGUGUCAGCUCAGGUUUCACCACAAGUCACUCUUAAUCCCGAAGGCCCUUCAGGUCAAAAUUCUACCUGCACAAAAUACAGUUACUGUAAUGGGUGCAUGCUGGAUCCAAUUUGUGGCUUUUGCUACAAGCUAAACAAGUCAAGUGUUGUGGAGUCCUCCUGUGUUCCUGUUAAUAGGAAGUCUACAAUGGAAGCAGCCUGGGGCAGAUGUUCAAAUGAGACCAGACUCAAAACCGAAGAGACAUAUUGGGCAUAUAACUUCUGCCCUACACCAUACGCUUGGACAGCGCUCGUGGGACUUAUUUUAUACCUGGUUUUCUUUGCACCAGGAAUGGGACCAAUGCCAUGGACAGUAAAUUCUGAAAUAUACCCCCUUUGGGCUAGAAGUACAGGAAAUGCCUGUUCUUCCGGCGUGAACUGGAUUUUCAACGUCCUAGUGUCACUUACAUUUCUGCACACAGCUGAAUAUCUGACGUACUAUGGAGCAUUCUUCCUUUAUGCGGGAUUUGCUUUUGUGGGACUCAUUUUCCUCUACGGCUGCCUUCCUGAGACGAAAGGGAAAAAACUGGAGGAAAUUGAAGGCUUAUUUGAGAACGCACUGUGUACAUGUGGCAUUUCAGAUUCAGAUGAUGGGAGGUAUAUUGAAUAUAUCCGGGUGAAGGGAAGUAAUUAUCAUCUUUCUGACAAUGAUGCUUCUGAUGUGGAAUGAUUUUUCAGCUGCUGGUGUGUUUAAUCAAGCCGGGGUGUUGUUGUUUUUGGCAGGGGGUGGUGGUGAAGGAGCUGUUCUCGAUGACCUCACUGCCCUGCUUCUGCUCUGGUUCUCCUUUCUACUGUCUUAUCUAGCUUCACUUUCCUGUUCCAAACCAUGUCAUUUGAGACGAAUACAGCAAAACAGGACACUGAUCUUUCAAUUAGUCAAAAAGGGGAAAUUGUGAGGGCGAGGGAAUUAUUCUGGGAGGAUAUAAACAUUCCAGGUGGGUGUAUGUUUGAGGUCCUAGAAAUGACGAUACCAAACUCAAUUGAUGAUCUACCAUGCAUUUUUGUCCCAUUUGAAAAAAAAGUGAAAAAGAACAGCUAGUCAGAAACCAGAUGAAUCAUUAAAGUACAGUUACCUGGCAACCAAGGUUUGAUACAAAAGUGCUCAGCCUCUUACAAAACAAGCAGGAGAGAGAGAAAUCGGCUGCCUGCUGUGGAAAUUGUAAUUUAAUAUUAUUACUUCUUUCAAAAGUAGAUUAAUUUGUAUGCAAGGAGAAGGAAGCUCUUUGGGUUGCUCCCUUCCUUCCUUUGGGCAUGCCUAUCUUUGUAAUAACUUGCCACUGCUUUACAACCAUUGCUCUGCACAAGGGACCCCCGAGAACAGCCACAGGGCGGGUGUGCAGAGAAUUUUGGCACUGGUUUUUAGCAUUCUCUCUUGGGUAGUGUUGUGGAUGGUUGCUUGAAACACAACUGCACACAGGCAAUUCUGGGUAGCAGUCUGUUUUGUAUGCCGGUGUUCAACAGCAGAUCCAUGCACAUUGCUUCCUUGAACGUGGUAAAAUUUGACAAAAGCUGAUCCCUUCAUGAAUCCACUUCUCCUUUAUGAAGCUAUGGGUGAGCUAGAACUUUUACCAUAAAAAGGGUGAGGGGGCAGAUACACAGAGCUUCCUAAAGCCCAUUUUUCCCCUUAUUCUGUCCUCCCCAAAGAAUGGAAAGCACCAUUGGAGCAAACCAAUGUUCAU